AUGUUGUCCAUCUUCCGGUAAGCUCCACAAUCCUAUCCCUUUAUUCUUCCACAGAGUUAUGAAUAAAUCUCAAAGUCUGUUGUCCUUUUACCAUCCCAAAACCCCAUAUCCGAGAUUUCUUCACUGCGGGCGUCGUAUUUUGGUCCCCGAAUAUCCGCUGAAAUCCCAGCCGGGAAAAUCCGUUCGAAUUGAAGAAGCCGAUAUUAGAGACCUUGAAUUGAUUCACGACUUCUGUUCCAAACAUUUUGCCAAGCAAGAGCCACUUUGUCAAUAUUUUAGUAUGUUUUUUAGAAUUUUUUGAAAUUAGACAUGUCGAGCUGCGCCCAAAUGUAAGAUACAAAUUUAAUUCGGCAUAAAAGUUGCCUUUCGGCUGAUAGAUACAUUAGAAUAGAAAUAUUUGUUACAUUUUUCGACUAUUUUGUACGAUGAAACGUGUUGCUUGACCGAAAUUACAAAAAUUGGAAAUCACAGGCUGCGCCCGAAACUUUGAAAAUUUUUUGGCGCUUGAAGUUGCGAAAUGGCCUUAGGUCUCAGAUGAGAUAUUUCUUCAAACCCAUUAUUAUUUUUUGACUAUGUUAUGCAAUGAAACCUGUUUUUCUCUUGAAAAUUUUUGAAAAAAUUGCUUUUUCUCAGAAGUCAAGAAAUAUGGUGAUGUUCUACGAAAAAAUCACGAACACGAUCUCAAAAAUGGAUUUUCAUGCAUUGCCUUUGACAAUCAUAACGAUCAAAUGGUCGGAUUUUACACUUCCGGCCUAGAAAUUAUCGACCGAAAUACGAGAAUUCCCCCGCUGAAAAUUCCAGAGGAUUUUGGGCCAAGUAAGACGUUUUAAGGCCAUAGAUCAUUAUUUUUAAAGUCUUUGACGAAAACAUCAAGCCAUGGGGACCGGAAUAUCAUGAUGAAAUUCUGAUUGCAACUUUGGUCAGCUAUGUAGAGGAAAUGAUCCCGCAUUUCUUGCCCAAAGUGGAGAAGCAGGCUGUGGUACAUGGAGAUUUGUGCUCAGUGGACCCCAAGUAUUAUGGGUAAGCAACUUGAGGUUUUAUGAGGAUUUCGUGUGGAUUUUUGAUCCAAAAAAUCAUUUGCCUGAAAAAAAUUUUUUCGAUAUUUUGGCCAUGAAAGGUCUCUCCUUUAUCUGAAAUUUUGCCGCAAGUUUAGAAUAGUCUCUUUUUAGGACGGAUGUUAUAUUAUUAGCUUGUUGUUAAAAAAAAUCUUGUUUCAUAGGUCAAAAAUAAAAAAAAAUCAAUUUUUUCGAUUUCGGGAUGGAAAAAAUCAGGGUUCGUUACAGAUAGGAGGUAUAAUAUUUUCACAAAAUUUCCUACCUUACAGCAACAAUCUGCUCGGCCCAUUGAUGAUCCAAACCGUUCGACUUGCCUACGAAUCCAAAGCCGCCUCUUAUUUUUAUGGUUGCGCCACUGCAGCCAUCUCCUACAAAUUCUUCAGCAACAGUGUCAGAAAAGAAGUGUGGUCGAUCCCCUUGAAGGACGUCAAAUUACAUGGAAAACAAGUGUUCCCAGAGGGCAAAGCUCAUGAUGGCCAUGAUCGAAUCCCAUUGAUGUUGGCAACUUUGGAAGACAUGUUACAUUCAAAGAUUUUUCAGCAAAUUUAA